CCCUCUCUGGACACCCCCCCCCCCAUCUUACUAUGGCCUAGGCCCCUCCUUCUUUUCUAGCAGCUGCUGUCCACAUCCUAGCACCUGUUCUUGGGAUGGGACUGAGAAGAUCUCAUCCACACCCUGGUUCCCUGCAGCUAGGCCCCGACUCCUGUCUUCUUGAAACCAGUAAUCCUUACCCAAAGGUUCGGCCCUCAUGGGCCCUAGGCCCUACUCUGGGGUCUUCAAGACUUCGCCACAACCCAGGCUCCCCUGGAAACACAGAGGACACUCUCACCCUCACCCUAAGCUUCCCCAGAAAUCCAGCCCCUUUCUGCAGGACGUAGGGAUCCCGGCUCCCAGCUUCCUUCAGACCCAGACAUCCAGGCCCCCAGCCCUCGCCUCCCUCAGACCCAGCAAUCUGAACUCCUAGCCCCCCCAGCCCUGAAGGCUCUCUGGGGUGGUUGGGGAACCUUGCUGAGCUCUGUGUUCCUCCAGGCCCAGAUGGGGGAACCCCGGGCUGGGGCCCCCCUGGACGAUGGCAGUGGCUGGACAGGAAGUGAGGAAGGAAGUGAGGAGGGCACCGGCGGCAGCGAGGGGGCUGGGGGAGAUGGGGGCCCAGACGCAGAAGGUGUGUGGAGUCCAGACAUCGAGCAGAGCUUCCAGGAGGCCCUGGCGAUCUACCCACCAUGUGGCCGGCGGAAAAUCAUCCUGUCUGAUGAAGGCAAGAUGUAUGGUCGGAAUGAACUGAUUGCCCGCUACAUCAAGCUGAGAACAGGGAAGACCCGAACCCGCAAACAGGUCUCUAGCCACAUCCAGGUUCUGGCUCGAAGGAAAUCAAGGGAAAUCCAGUCCAAGCUCAAGGACCAGGUUUCCAAGGACAAGGCUUUCCAGACAAUGGCCACCAUGUCCUCAGCCCAGCUCAUCUCAGCACCUUCCCUGCAGGCCAAACUGGGUCCUGCUGGUCCUCAGGCCUCUGAGCUUUUCCAAUUUUGGUCAGGGGGCUCUGGGUCCCCCUGGAAUGUUCCAGAUGUGAAGCCAUUCUCACAGACGCCGUUCUCGUUGUCACUGACCCCCCCAACUACUGACCUCCCAGGGUACGAGCCCCCCCAAGCCCUCUCACCCCCUGCCCUGCCCCCACCUGCCCCGUCACCCCCAGCCUGGCAGGCUCGGGCCCUGGGCACUGCCCGAUUGCAGCUGGUAGAGUUCUCAGCCUUUGUGGAACCGCCGGAUGCAGUCGACUCUUACCAGAGGCACCUGUUUGUACACAUCAGCCAGCACUGCCCCAGCCCUGGAGCGCCCCCCCUCGAGAGUGUGGACGUCCGGCAGAUCUAUGACAAAUUCCCUGAGAAAAAGGGUGGCCUGCGGGAGCUGUACGAUCGCGGGCCCCCUCACGCCUUCUUCUUGGUCAAGUUCUGGGCGGACCUGAACUGGGGCCCUAGUGGCGAAGAGGUAGGGGCCGGCGGCAGCAGUGGUGGUUUCUAUGGAGUGAGCAGCCAGUACGAGAGCCUGGAGCACAUGACCCUCACCUGUUCCUCCAAGGUCUGCUCCUUUGGCAAGCAGGUGGUGGAGAAGGUGGAGACGGAGCGUGCCCAGCUGGAGGACGGGAGGUUUGUGUACCGCCUGCUGCGCUCACCCAUGUGUGAGUACCUGGUGAAUUUCUUGCACAAACUUCGGCAGCUGCCCGAGCGCUAUAUGAUGAACAGUGUCCUGGAGAACUUCACCAUCCUCCAGGUGGUAACAAACCGAGACACCCAGGAGCUGCUGCUCUGCACCGCCUACGUCUUUGAGGUCUCCACCAGCGAGCGGGGGGCCCAGCACCACAUUUACCGUCUGGUCAGGGACUGAAAGGGGACCCCAAAAGUGGCUCAUGCCCGGAAUACCCUCCUUCCAGGAAGGACCCCCAGCUUUCUUCAUGCUUAUUUGGGGAGGGGGCGCUGAUCCCUGUUAGAGGGGACCUUACAAAGCUGGGUGGCAAGCUGGAAGGUUGGAUCCUGAUAUUGGGACUUCACAGUGGUGUCUGAAAGGACAGAUCACUCCAGAGCAUGGGGACUGGGGACAGGAGUGAGACAACCCUGAGGUAUAGCACUGGUUUCUCAGUCUCUUAACAGGUGCCCUCCCCCAACUUGGUUCUGGAUGUUUUGGAGGGGGGGGGGCUUUGAUAUGGUUUGUCCCUCUGUCUUUCAGCACACCCCCAUCUCCCUUUCCCAGCCUGCCUCUCCUUACCACCCUCACCCUGUGACCUUAAGAUCAAGAUCGAAUAUUGAAGGUUAACCCUUUCUGUGCCGGAGCAGAGCCAGGUGGGCCCUGGAAAUAUUUUUUUUAAUAUAACAAGAGAUAUUUAUAAGUGGG